AUUAAAUAGUUUUAGAAUGUUUUAAUAUGUUAGCAAGCUAACAAAACCAGUAAUUUAUAAAUUUAUAGAUGUUUUAUUUGUCUAAUGUUAUCACAUUGUAUUCCUGCUUUUUGACCCUAUAUCGUUAGUGUUGAUGAACUGCGCUGUUCACCGCAUUCAUACAGACUCGUGGAAAUAUAAAUAUUUUCCUAUAAUUGUAAAGUUGUUCGCAAAAAUAUCUAAAUAUGUUCGGCAGAUUAAUUUCUAGUGCAUAUCAAGCACUUCCUCGCCUCAUACCAUUUGGACAAACAUCAACAUCGAUCAUCAAUUCACCAAUAACAAAUCAGUGGAAUCUUUCGUUAAUUAGAACAAAAAUGAGAUAUCAUUUCCCACGUCCUAAUGAACGGCGUCGUAUUAAACGUCACGGCUGGUUUGCAAGAAUGUCCACUCCAGGUGGUAGAAGAGUUCUUAUGAGAAGAAUAUUGAAAGGGAAAUAUGUGCUCAGUCAUUAAUCAUAUUGUAUAUUAAUUUGUUAAUAAAUAGUUGUUUUACUUAAAA